UUUUCACACAAAUCAUUGCAAAAAAGGUUUUUCUCAAAAUUUUCGAACAAAUACGCCUUGAAAAAUUCCGGAAACGAUCGAUUUUCACUUCUGAUCUCCCAAAUUAACCUUUCAUCAUGUUAGGACUCAUCGUAUCUGGCAGACUGGUCCAAACAAAUUUCCAAGAAAUCGAACCCGGCAAAUAUCUCAUCGAAAUUCCGGAAGCCGACAACAUCAAUCACAUCGUUGUCUUUCUCACUGCCGACACCCCGAUGGCUUUAGGCACUGCAGGUGCCGUUUACUUCUCCUGGCCCGAUCCAAAUUCGCCGCCGCAAUUUCAGUAUCUCGGGCACAUCUCCAACUCCAAGCCAUCGGCCAUUUUCAAGAUAAAUCAACUGAAGAAAUUGCACGAACUGGAAGUUAUGGAUCAAGGAUCUGUCUUUGGGCAACAACAAAUUUCGCAUACGGCACAAAUUGGCGUCUCUAUUGAGCCGGAGGUGAAUGUUUUGCAACAAACUUCGGCAAUUGCCAACACGGGAAACAGUUAUUUGCAGUUUGGACAGAAGAUUUUGGAGAAUUUCUUUAAUUUCGCAUCGAGCUUUGCCGUGACACAAUCCCAGAUGCAACCAAAUCCCAUGGAAACGUUCGUUCCUCUGUCGACAUUGCAAUCGUGGUACGUCAACUUCCAACGCCGCCUCGAACAAAAUCCGAAUUUUUGGAAGAACUGACCGCAAAUCAUGGAAAUGCAGGAUAUUACGGUGGAUGAUGAGUUAAUUUAAGUUGUUUGUUGGAAUUUUUUUUGAAGCCCAGUUUAAUUUGUAGGAAAAAAUGUUCUUUUUUUUAAAUAAAAAUGCGAUUUCAUCAUUCAUCAACAACUUUUAUUAUUUAUAUCAUCAUUUUUUGCUUAUCUUUCUUUUUAUUUGUAAUAAAUAUAUAUUAUAAUAUGAAUAAAACAGGA